UCGUUUUCACUCUCAGCUCGAUUGUGGAAACAUAACUAAACCACGAAGGCUUGGAUGCCGACCUCAAACAGAGAAAAGUUUGUCUGCAGCCCGCUGGGGCUUCCAGCCUGCCGAGCUGAGAGUUUGCUGUAGUCUGAGCUCUGUGAAGAUGAAUCAACCUGUUGACAAACUGUUGCGCGGAGCUUGGAAGAAUCCGGUUUGAAUAAUGCUGCAUUCAAAGCACAUGCAAUAAGGCGGUUAUCAACAAUAACGCCUCCUCUUUUUAUGCAUUUCCAGGAGUGGUUACGGUCACUUCGCUCCAGCGCUGGACUCAAAGGUUCUGAUUCAGAGGACAUCUGGAGUCUCCUGCCGUCUCUGCCUCUGUCCUCCUUCUCCCUGUCCUCCCUGUCUCUGUCGCCGUCCUCUCUGCUGGGUUUAGGAGCGCUGGCCUCUCUCACCGCGUACUGGCUGGUGACCCGUCCUCGACCCAUGCGUCCUCCGUGUGAUCUGCACGCCCAGUCUGUAGCUGUGAAUGGAGAUCCCAGCUGCAGGCGAUCGGCUCUUCUUAAAGACGACUCGCUGCUGGAGUUUUACUACGAUGACACCAGGACGGCCUAUGACAUGUUCCAGAGAGGCCUGAGGAUCGCAGGAGACGGCCCCUGCCUUGGCUUCAGAAAGCCGGGUCAGCCCUACGAGUGGAUCUCCUACGCUGAGGUGGCGCAGAAGGCGCAGUUGCUGGGCUCCGGGCUGCUGGCCAAAGGCUGCCAGCCGAACCCGGAGCAGUUUGUGGGGAUAUUUGCACAGAACAGACCAGAGUGGAUCCUCUCAGAGCUGGCCUGCUACACCUACUCCAUGGCGCUGGUGCCUCUGUAUGAAACCCUGGGACUGGAGGCCAUGGUUCACAUACUGAACCUGGCGGAAAUCUCUCUGGUGAUCUGUGACCGGGAGGAGAAGGCAGCGUCUCUGUUGGAGAACAAGGAGAAAGGCGUGACUCCGAAGCUCUCCUGCCUGGUUCUCUUUAACGACUUCAGUGAUGCCUUUGUGGAGAGGGCGAAGAACUGUGAGGUGGAGGUUUUGAAACUGGAGCAGCUCAUGGAGCUGGGAAGGCAGAACCUCAAAGAUCCUGUGCCGCCCCAGCCCCAGGAUCUGGCCGUGGUUUGCUUCACCAGUGGAACCACAGGGAAGCCCAAGGGAGCCAUGAUCACCCACGGAAACAUCGCCUCCAACACUUCCUCUGUCAUUAAGAUCCUGGAGGGUUCGUUUGUGAUCCAGCAAGAGGAUGUGUCGAUCUCUUACCUGCCGCUUGCCCACAUGUUUGAGAGGAUGAUUCAGGUCUCGAUGUUCUGCCACGGGGCCAGAGUGGGCUUCUACCAGGGCGACAUUUCUCUUCUUAUGGAUGACAUAAAAACUCUCAAGCCCACAUUCUUUCCUGUCGUGCCUCGUUUGCUCAAUCGCAUCUACGACAAGAUCCUGGGUUCUGUGACCUCUCCGUUGCGACGGGCUUUGCUUCACUACGCUGUGAGGAGAAAGCAGGCGGAGCUCAGCAGCGGGGUCGUACGUAACAACAGCCUGUGGGACAAGCUGGUGUUCAACAGGAUUCAGGCCAGUUUAGGAGGUAAUCUGCGGUUCGUCCUGACUGCUUCGGCGCCCAUCUCCCCCACCGUGCUGUCCUUCCUCAGAGCCACGCUGGGCUGCCUGAUCUUUGAGGGUUACGGUCAGACGGAGUGCACUGCAGGCUGCACUUUCUCAAUGCCGGGAGACUGGAGUGCAGGUCAUGUCGGUGCUCCCUUGCCGUGUAACAUGGUGAAGCUCGUAGACAUCCCUGAAAUGAACUACUACGCUAAGAACGGAGAAGGAGAGAUCUGCAUGCGUGGGCCCAGUGUGUUCAGAGGCUACCUGAAGGACCCCAACAGGACAUCUGAAGCCUUGGACGGUGACGGCUGGCUGCACAGCGGGGACGUGGGCCAGUGGCUUCCUAAUGGGACGCUACGCAUCAUUGACAGGAAGAAGCACAUCUUCAAGUUGUCCCAGGGAGAGUACAUCGCUCCAGAGAAGAUAGAAAAUGUCUACAUGCGUUGUGUUCCCGUGCUACAGGUGUUUGUGCACGGUGACAGUUUACAGUCUUAUCUCAUAGGCAUUGUUGUGCCUGACCCUGAGGUGUUUGUCGACUGGGCUAAAGAGCGAGGGUUUGUGGGAUCCUAUGAAGAGCUGUGCCAGAAUCCUGAUGUGAAGAAGGCAGUAUUAGAGGACAUGAAAGCUGUGGGGAAGGAAGCAGGCCUGAAGUCCUUUGAACAAGUGAAGGACCUUCACUUGCAUCCAGAGACGUUCAGCGUCGCCAACGGCCUCCUCACCCCAACGCUGAAAAGUAGACGCGCCGACAUCCGCAGAGUCUUUCAGGAACAGAUAUCAAGCAUGUACAGCAAGACGGCCAUUUAAAGGACUCCACUCAGUAAUUUUCCCAGUGGCUACUGGUGUCCAGUCGGGGGAAAAAUGGGGCAGGGACCUGGGAGGAGAAGAAGAUUAAACACCCAGCAGUGCCUUAUCUAAAAUAUCCAUCUGGUUAUAUUUUGGAAUAUUGGUAUUUUGCUUCAAAGAAGUUUUAAUUCACGCCCACCUUUUGCACGUGUGUUUUAAGUGUUCACAUAAACAAUUGGACAUAAUGGGACCAAACCUUUUAUUUUUUUCACUGUUGUCCUUGUCACUAAUUCAGAGUUGUGAUUCACCGGGGAAUUUUAUUGAUAAAUAAAUAAUUUUUUUUAGUUGUAGAGAUAAUAAUCACAGACGUAAAGUUAGAAGUCAUUUUCACACUGCCCUGUUCUUUUCCCCGUCAGCAUUUUUAAAAGGGACACUGUUAUGUGUACGUGGGCUGUUGCUGCUCAUAGAGCUUGUUUUAACUGUAGGUUUUUGUAUUAUGGCUGUUGGACCCGUGACAAGCUUUUCAUUCAUCCUUCACCUGAAGCUCAACCAUCAAAACUAACGAGGGUUUCAACCAGCUGAUGAUCUGUAAAAUAAGAAAAGGCAGAAUUGUAAAUACUGCUUAUAUUGAGAUUUUCUGACACUACUGACUAAUUCCAGUGAAGUGAAACUGAACAGAAAUAAAUAUCAACUGAUACUA